AUGUCAGACGUCAUGACAGAAAAUAACUUUGAUGUUAUUGUGGUGGGUGCUGGUAUAUCUGGCUUGACAGCUGCUUUCAGUAUCAAGAAGAGAGAUCCUGAGGCAAAAGUUGUUGUUCUUGAAGGCAAAGAUCGAGUUGGUGGUAGAACACUGACAGUGCCUCUGAUUUCAUCUACAGGUACAGAUUACUGGGAUCUGGGAGGGCAAUGGAUAGGCAGGUCGCAAGUGCAUAUAAUAAAACUUCUGGAAGAGCUUGGUCUGAAAACAUACCCACAGUUUAUCCAAGGCACCAAGUUCCAACAACUUGGAGAAACUAGGGUCCGAUCAUACACAUCAGAAAUACCUGAUUUGUCUCUCUGGGCUUUGUUGGAUCUUCACUGGCUACUAACUAAGCUAGAUCGCUUUCAGUCUGAGCUGUCUGUAGAAGAUCCUUGUUCCCACCCUCGCGCUGCGGAAUGGGAUGCCAUAAGUCUUGCUGCAUAUCUAGACAGAACACUGUGUACUAAAGGUGCCAGAGCAGCCAAUGAAGCAGCAGUCAGAUGCAUUCUGGGAUGCGAGUCCAGUCAGAUAUCCUUUCUUUAUUACCUUUUGUUUCUUCACAUGGCUGGAGGGAUCAAGAACAUAGUUGAGGCUACCGAUUUCACAGCUCAGGAGUGGAAAAUCCAGGGUGGUGCACAGCAGAUAUCCCAGAUCUUAGCUGAACGAAUUGGAGAGCACGCAGUACGUCUUGGAGACCCUGUAACAGUUGUUCAGCAGUCUGAAAAUAGAGUUGUGGUAUCAACGGCAAAAGGUUGGACUGGAAGUGCACCUUAUAUUAUUCUAGCUGCUCCACCAAAAGCAUUAGAACACAUAGCAUUCUUACCUCGCUUAUCAGAAGAGAGGGUAGAUUUCAUGAAACAUAUGCCCAUGGGAAACAUGACUAAAGUCAUUGUAACAUAUGAAAAGGCAUUCUGGAGGUGCAAGAAUCAGUCUGGGCAGAUUGUUUCCGAUGGUGGGGAGGCCACAGUGGCUGGGUGUCCAUUAGGUCCUUUGAGCAUAACAUAUGAUGCCACAUCGUACAAUGGCUGUCCAGCACUUGUAGGCUUUCUAGGUGGUGAAGCUGCUGUAUGCUGGACUACACAGACGGCCAAGAUAAGACAGAAGGCUGUUCUAGAUCACUUUGCUGUCUUCUUUGGGCCUGAGGUUUUCACUUUCCUUGAUUACAUAGAGAAAAACUGGAAUGAUGAGCCCUUCAGUUGGGGUGCCCCAGUUUCGUACAUCACACCUGGAGGGUCAGCAAACUUUGCUAAGGCCAUCAGGCGGCCCGAUGGAAGAAUCCACUUUGCUGGAACAGAGACUGCCACAUCGUGGUCUGGUUACAUGAGUGGUGCAGUACAAGCUGGAGAAAGAAGUGCCCUUGAGGUUCUGUUCAGACUGAAACCUUCAGUCCUCAAAGAGGCAGAGAUACCCACAGUGACACUACUCUCAGCCCAGCACAGGCACAACAGCAUAACCAAAGAGGGAACAAAGUCUGACAGAUGCAGGUUCAUCAUGAAGACCAUCUUCUCAAUCAGCUUAGGACUUGGUCUACUUACAGCAAGUGUCUAUAUUUUCAAGCAUUAUGCUGGUAAUGAAGAAGUCAGUGUUAGAUGGGUGAGGGAUCCAUUAUGA